AUGGCCCCCAAACGCGCCGCCGAGGGCGCAGCAGCGGCGUCCCCCAGGGACGCCCAGCAGGCCAAGAAGCGCAAGGGUUUCCGCGUUGGCCCCGAUAACCUCCCCGAAGGACCAUGGCGCAGGAAGGUCGAGAAGAAGAAGCUGGAACUCAUCCACAAGGCCAAGAUCAAGAAGGCCUACGCCAAGAUCAAGGAGAAGGAACUCGCCUCCCAGGCUUCAUCCAAAGCCCAGCAGCCUCUUGCCGCUGCUGCCGUCGCCGCCGCCCCGCCCACACAGGAGGCCUCAAGCGACGAUGAGCUCGACGACGUUCAGGAACCCCAAACCGCCAAGGCACCAUCCGGCUCACCGGCACCGGCACCAGCGGCAUCGGAACCGUCGCCGCCCACAGACGCCGCAGACACAGGCGCAGCACCCGCGCCGCCCCUCGAGGGGGAGAUCCACCCCUCCCGCGCCGAGAUGAUCACCAACGACGGCGAGCCCCCGAACCCAAACACCAUCGCCGUGAAGCGCAAACGCGGCGCCGCGACCGCCACCGGCUCCAACGCCGAACUCCCCGGCACGCGCACCACGUCCACCACCACCACCACCCCAGACGACGCGGAAGACGCCGCCGCCGUGGACCGCUACGAACCCCGCAAGCCCCGGCGCCCCCGCAAGCCGGGCUACUACGAGAAGCAGCUCGCCCACGCCGAGCAGAAGCGCGCCGAGGCCGAGGCCCGCCGCGCCGAGAUCCAGCGCCGCCGCGAGGAGCGCGAGCGCAAGACGGCCGACCGCGAGCGGUACCGCCGCGCCAUGGCCAAGGCCCGCAAGGGCGGCGAGGACGGCCAGCGCCGCCUCGGCAGGGAGAGCGCGCUGCUGCUCGAAAAGGUGAAGCGCAUGGUGGGGGACUCCAAGUGA